ACUUCAACGGCAAGGGUUGCCGUAUUGCUGUAUCGAUUAAACUGCUUUGUCGUCGGCGAUAAUUUUUUCUAGUGGUUAAUUUCUUAAAAAAUUCUCGAAAAUAUUAAAAUUAGUGCAUAUAAUUUGCACUAAAAUAGAAAAUAAAUGUGUAGCUCCACAUUUGUUAGCCGAUACGUCCGCGUUUGAACUUCCGAUUGCAUAAUUUGCGGAGUUUUUAGUGGCGGUAGUGAAAAGUGAUUUCACAAAACGACGAAGAAAGAAAUAAUAUAGAGACGUUCACGUAUAAGUGCGCGUGUGUUUGUGUGUGAGUUUCCAAAUACUCGUGGCUUCUUCAUGGCAAAUUGAAAAGAAAAAUUUCUUCGAUCCGAUUCGUGGAAAUUACGAAUAUCCCUUCCCAAAGCAAACACUAUAUAUUGUGUCGAAAAAUUCCGUCAAUUUGGUUACGAGAAAUUUGUCAUCUGUUUUGACAAAGGGAAAAAUAACCAUUCCUGAUCGAUUUUGGAUGCAUGGUAGUGUGUAUAGAUUAACAAGCAGCAGUAGCAGCGGAACAUAGCGCCGACGCCGUAUCUCAACAGCAACCGAACAGCGUCAAAAGUAUCAAAACAACGCACCUAAACAGCAAUAACAAGCGUCGGCAUUCAUUGUCAGCAGAGCAAGCGUCGUCGUUGUCGUCGUAAUAGUGCAUACCUGUACUUUUUCUCUUCUCAAUGUAUGCAUAGCAAAAAUAUUACAAACAAACAACAAAAACAACAUUAAGAGAUAAAAUUGGAAAGUGAUGCUUAGUGUAUAAAUGCUGAAUUUUGUUUUGCCCCGUGUUUUGUUUAAAGUUCCCCCCUCAUCAUCACCACAUUACUAUUCCUCAUCCAAUCUCCUACAUACCCAAAUUCCUUGGUUGUGAUAAAAAAUGAGUGGGAUACCAAGUCCGUCACCUGUGCGAAGCAAUAAUGGUGACCGCGACAAAGAUUCCAUGUGGUAUUUUACCGCCGAAGAUUUGGCGAAUUCGCCCAGCAGGCGCUACGGCAUCACGCCUGAUCAGGAAUUGUCUUAUCGCCAGAUGACCGCUUAUCUUAUACAGGAUAUGGGCCAAAGGUUGCAAGUCUCACAAUUAUGCAUCAACACUGCCAUCGUGUAUAUGCAUCGUUUCUAUGCAUUUCAUUCGUUUACACAUUUUCAUCGCAAUAGUAUUGCUGCCGCAAGCCUGUUCUUGGCUGCCAAAGUGGAGGAGCAGCCACGUAAAUUAGAGCAUGUCAUAAGGGCGGCAAAUAAGUGCCUAAGUCAGCCGACUACCUCUACAUCGGAUGCCUAUUACGUGGAACAGGCUCAAGAUUUGGUCUUCAACGAAAAUGUCCUACUUCAAACAUUGGGAUUUGAUGUGGCCAUAGAUCAUCCACACACUCAUGUCGUGAAAACAUGUCAUCUGGUUAAGGCUUGCAAAGAACUGGCCCAAACUUCCUAUUUCUUGGCAUCGAAUAGUUUGCAUUUGACUUCAAUGUGCCUGCAAUAUAAGCCCACUGUUGUAGCCUGUUUUUGCAUUUAUUUGGCUUGUAAAUGGUCUCGAUGGGAGAUUCCUCAAUCUACAGAGGGGAAACAUUGGUUCCAUUAUGUUGAUGAGACGGUGACGAUGGACUUACUUAAGAAGCUUACGGACGAAUUUAUUACGAUAUAUGAAAAGAGUCCUGCCCGACUCAAAGCUAAGCUGAAUUCCAUAAAGGCUAUGGCCCAAGGGGCCAGCAAUAACCGUCAAGGACAAGUAAAAGAAAAGAAAGGUGAACAAGAUUGGAAGAUGGCUGAUAUGAUGAAAAUGUAUCAACCAGCUGGCGACAAUGGUCCUGUGAGUGGUGCGAGUAGUUCACAAUCAUCCUCUCAGUACGGAGGACAAGGGUCAGCGGCAAACGAUCAAUCGCAACAGAACAUGGCGGCUUCAAUGCUACCGCCGCCACCACACCAACCACCACCACCUCAGCAAAUGCGUAAAUCUGAAAUGCACUCUUCCUCCAGUCAGCAUCGCUCUCACCACAGUUCUUCAUCGUCCUCCUCGUCAUCGUCUUCACACCAUCCCCCCAAAAUCGGCUAUCCAGCUGGAGAUGUUCCCGACCACAAGCUCAGUGCCGGACACAAACAACAACAACAGCAGCAGCCACCAUAUGGUACAAAUCUUGUUAAUCGGCAAAGAGAUCACUCAUCGUCUUCGAGUCAUAACCAGUCAUCGAUGAUGGCCCCAUCUUCAAAGUCAUCAUCGUCAAGCUCUUCAUCGAGAUCAUCAAUGUCGAGCGGCAUGGUUGGACAACAAUUACCUCGUCAAUCCUCACAAGGCCAUUCAAUGGAUGUGAACUACCACAAAUCUAGGGAUCGUAAUAUUCCACCGCAACCUACUGGUUCACACAGUCUACCGCCGCAUAGUUUGCCCCAUAAAAUGGCUCAAAAGCAACAGGAUUCAGGUCGUUCUAUGGCAAAAGAUCACUCUGGCCGGAUGCCUGCGGAACAGCAACAACAGUCUAAGCAAAAUAGCAGCAGUAACAAUAAAGCAAUUUUUUCUUCCUCAUCGUCAUCUUCGCAGCAAUAUGGCAGUACCCAACAAAUUCCUCCAGGUGGUGUGCCCAAUCAAGUGACAAACAAAUUGGAAGCCAUACAUGAUAUGUCACGCAAUAUGAUGCAGCAACAUUUAUCCAGAGGCUAUAAUCAGCCUCCGCCAUCACAGCAAUCAACAAAUGGUCCUCCAAAUAACUUACUCAGUUUUCAUCAGCAACAGCAGGGAUCACGUCAUAGCAGCAGCAGUAACAGCAACAACAAUAACCUUAGUAAUAGUAGCAGUCUUAAGCAUGAACAAUCUAAACAACUUUCCGUCCAUAUGCAACAGCCCACACAAACUUCAACACACAACCAUAAACAAUUGAUUCCACCGGAGUCGAGUUACUCCGGCAUGCCACCAACACAGCACGAUAUGCAGCAACAAUCCCAUACAGCAUCUUCGUUAAGCAAUAACUAUUGUAAAAUUGAACCAUUACCGCAUUCCGGCGAGGACCACACAAUGCAGCAGUUCUCCUCUCACCAGAAUCCUGUCACAAAAACUGUGAGCUCCAUGUUUAGUCCUGAGUGGAAUGAAAAAGUGCCCGAACAACAGGAUACACACGCUCAACAGCAACAAUCUCAUCCGCCUCAACAACAAUCCAAGCAACAUCAAAUACCGCAAAAUCUUAACUAUACCAAUAAUGGAGGCAUGUCACAUAAUCUUAAUGCUGCCGAUGGUUAUGCAGGUUAUAAACUAGCUGCCACUAAAGAAAGUCCACCAAAGGUCAAAGUCGAAAAAGACACACCUUCAAAGAAAGACAAGAAUCGUUCCUCCUCCAAUAGCCAACAAGAUCCCUCGCCCAAUUCGGGUCGCAACAAUACAUCGUCGUCCGGAGUAAAUCAACCCCAGCCAAUGUUGAAGUCUGUGAAACUCGAAGGUCAAAUGUCAAGCCUCAACGAACUUGCUGGUACAAGUAAUGCUGCUGGUAGUAUUGGCAGCGGCGGUGUUAAGAGACCCAAUGACCAACAGGCUGUCAAAUCAGAAGACGAUAUUCAUUUACGUGAUAGCAAAAUUCGUAAACUGGACAAUGCAGGCGACACAGGCAAACAUAGCCAAGUGGUUAAUGGUAUUGAAACUAAUCCGGAUUUGGUUCGAAAUCUCCUGAAGGAAAGCCUUUGUCCACCGGCCGUUUUGUUGAAAACUGAAAAUUCAAUUAUAACUCCUAGUUUGCAGCCACCAGCCGAACUUUUCGAACCUACGGCCACCAGCACCACCACUACCUCAGUCCAAAAUCCUGCACAUAAUACCUCUAGUUCUUCGGCAACUGCGGCCAAUGCAGCACUAUCUGGAAAUUCAGAUGUAAGUGCCAUGGAAACUGAAGAUCAUGGUACAAGUGGAGGUAAAUCUGAAAAGAAGAAAAAGAAGGACAAGCACAAGCAUAAGGAGAAGGAUAAGGACAAGUCAAAAGACAGGGAAGAACGCAAGAAACAUAAAAAGGACAAAGAUCGCCACAAAGACAAGGAAAGAGAGAAAGAAUCGGAAAGCGCAGAGCAUGUUAAGAUUAAGAUAUCCAAGGAAAAACUGGAAUCUGCGGGAGAACCAAUUGGUUUUAAAAUUAAAAUACCUAAGGAUCGAAUUAUGGGAGAUCUUAGUUCACAGCCAACAACAAGCCAUUCUUCACACACAGAUGCUGCCCCGCCAGUCUUAAAAAUUAAAAUAUCUAAGGAUAAACUUGAAACGUAUAGCAGUGGAACUUCGUCAUCAGAUCACAAUGUGGGUGCACAGGCAACACAUCCAUCAUACAGCCAUAAUAGUAGUAGUCAAUCUUCUUCGGCAUAUGCGCCAUAUGGCGGAUCUUCACACUCAAGUUCAACGAACCCACAUUCGAGUAGCAGUAGCAGUAAAAAGAAAGAUCGUGAUCGCGAAAAGGACCGUGAGCGUGAUAAGGAGAAGAAGCGACAUGAAUCGUCCUCCAAAUCGAGCUGUGGCAGUGGCAGUAGUAGUUUAAACCCGAACGUCAAUACAGGCAGUAUGGGCCCAGCAGCGAAUGGUUCCCUUGCCGGAGGAAGCCAUAGCUCCAGCUCUAAUUCAGGCGGUACCAGCAAUGGUGGUAAUGGAACAACACAAAAAACUCAAUAUUCUAGCAAGUUUUGAAAGGAUCUUUAACUAUAGACUUUCGAAACAGUAAUAGCACCGAAGAACCAAAUAAAGCCAGAGAUAAACAUAAGCGAUGAUUUAUACAAAACAAAAAAGUAAAAUCAUAUGUUUAAGCUAUAAACAAGUGUUGAAUAAUUAAAUACACACAUACAUAUUUAUAUUUAUAAAAAACAACAUAAGAGUACUCUUAUCUAACAAAAAUUGUUAAACAUUACAGAAUCUUCAAAGAGAUACAACACAUACAUACAUACAUGCUACAUAAUAUCCACUAUUGCAACUAAAUCAUAUAUCUAUGACAAAGAAAAAUUCUAAAGACACACAAAAGAACAAACCACAAAACAUGUUGAGUGUAUUCUAUUCUAUUUGUUGACAACUUAAAAACCAGAAAGUUAAUGUUAUAAAAAAAGAAAUGUUUUUAUCCAAACACUUAAAAUGAUUAUAAAAUACCUAUACACUUUUCCACUUGUAAACAACGUCAUUGCAAAGUAAUGCAAAAAAAUGGAAUAUAAUUGAUAUGCUUUCUAAUGAGAAUUGCAAUUAAUGGGUGAGCAUUAGGAACAAAGAAAAACACAAAAACUGAAAAAACAAAUAGAAUCUUUAACGACAACCGUUUUGUCGAAUCUUAAGUAUGUGACUGAAGAAAUAUUCAAAAAAUAUUCCACAAAUAUUAAAUCAGCUUCUUCAGCUAUUCGAAGAAAAAUUAUAAAAAAUAGAAGGAUUUGCCUUCAAAAUAAUGAUGACCACAGCAUCAAACAAUAAAAAAAAAAAAUGGAAAAUAACUUGAACUAAUGUUAAUUCUAUUUUUUCCAAAAGAUAUGUAUUGUAUUACAUAACAAUAUUUAUUUGGAUCAAACAACAACUACUAUUUGGAUUAUACAUAAAUUAUAACCUCAAAAGUUCCCUAACUUAAGGGACUUGCAAUAUAAUAACUUUAAUAAUUUUGUUAUUAACAAAUGCCGUUUAAAGAAAAUUUGUUGAAUUUGUUUUUAAAGAAUACUAUUUAUAAGUUCGGAUUUUAUAUAUUUUAGAUAUAUUCAAUACACUAUAUAUUUGUUAUUAUGUAUUAAAAAAAGAAACAAACAGAUUGUGUUCCCAAAUAUAGUUCAAUUUCCUUUUUUUAAUAAUAAAACACAACAACUGGGCAAAGAAUAUUUCGCAAUCGCUUAUAAUUUCUAAUUAUUUCUAAAUAAAUUGCAAUUCUUUAUUUAGGGUCUUUAGAAACCUGUGUUCGCCAUUCCCUUUUCAAAUUAUCCCUUUUUUAAAAUGAUUUAAAUGUCGAAGGUAGAAGGAGCUCAGGAGGUGAUAUUGCACUUCUUGGUAUGGAAAAAGCUGCCCUGGCUUUCCUUAGAAGUAGGUGGAAAUGUUUUAAAAUCUCCGAGUAUUUUCACUCUAUGUUACCUUCAAGGCUUUAAAUAAAAAGCUUUAUUUAGGUGUUUCGUCAGUAAUAAAACAUGUUGGAUUGUCAUUUAAAAUACAUACAUCAUCUAUUAACCCACUUUAAUUGUACUUUAAAAUGAAAAAAAAAACAAGUUUCUGGCGAAUACAAAACCAAAGAAGAUUUCAAUUUUUUUUACUUUGCACUAUUUUAACAGGUCCGUACGUUGAUUUUUAUACCCUCCACCAUUCUAUUAACUUUGUCAUUCCGUUUGUAACUCCUCGAAAUAUUCAUAAUAGACCCUACAAAGUAUAUAUAUUCUAGAUCAGCGUAAAAUUCUAAGACUAUUUAUCGAUGUCCGUCUGUCUGUUGUAAUCAUGCUACCUUUCGAUCGAAUUGAGAUAGAAGGCUAAAAUUUAGCAUACAUGCAUAGUUUACCAGUAGGCAGCUUAAGUUCCUAAAUGGGCCAUGUCGGUCCACGUUUUCGUAUAGCCCCCAUAUAACGGUACCUCCCUAAAUUCGGUAUUUUCAUAAUUUUAGCGAGAUUAUUUACCAGAAUUAUUUAAAAUUUCGUAUUUGAAGUUCGUAAUGGGUACUACAGUCUAUGACCAAAUUUUUUGUAUGAUACUCCGUAUUUUCAUGAUUUUUGCGACGUAAUUCACCGUAAUUAUACAAAUUUCGUAUAUGAAGUCCGUAAUGGGCACUAUGACAAAAAAUUUCGUAAAUUUCACAUCUUCGUGUAGUCCCUAUAUAAAGGAUUUCAUUUAAAUGGUAGUUUUGGGAUUUUUUUUUUUUUUUUCGAAAAUUUUCAAUUUACUUCGAAAUGGUGGAGGGUAUUAAAAGUUCGGCCCGGCCAAACUUAGCUGCUUUUAACUUGUUUAAGUUACUCCACAAAGUUUCGUCAACAAACAUUCUCGUCUACUGUGAGAAUAGUUGUUACUGUGAAGUCCAAUUUACAAAGAUUCCACAAAAACUGGAAUAAAUAUCUUGCUUUCUUUGCUCCUGAUACAAAAAACUGGAUCGGAAUGCCGGAGCAGUUAUAUUGUACCCCGUUGUCACGUUUUUGAAACAAACCCGUUUUUGACAAAAAAAUCUCUGAAAUGUAUUCCAAUCAUAACUAAAAACCACUGAAAUAUGAAAAUGUCUUUUGCGUACAUUAUUUGCAAGGGUAAAGCAAAAUUUACAGUUAUGAAGAAUAAAUUAUUGGAAAAGAGAGCCGCAGGACAAAUGAAAUUAACCCAUUCUAACUCCUAUCUUCCCACAGAACUAAAUAUGGAGAUUAUUGUUGAGGAAUAGAAAAAGGUAUCAAUUUUCAGAAUGGGGUAGCAGUUAUUGCGAAGUGAAAGUGAGAAUUUUUGUGGACAGCAACCUGCUUUAAUCAUCAUAUAUGCGAAAUUUUCUUCGAACCAUUUCCACACCUAAUAUCAAAGAAAUUAUAGAAAACUUGGUUUUUCCCCAAAAUUUAGUUUAAAAAACGUUUAAAUUUGCUUAAAAAAGCAUGCAAUUUAUUUGGAAGUCAUAAUAUUUCAAAUUUUAAAUUAUACAUUUAAAAUAUAUCAUCUUAAUUGUACUUCUUAGAGUUAUAAAUAAUUGCAACACAUAAAAUUGCCAGUUGUUGUUUUAUUUACAAACACAACAGAGUUUUUUCUUUAAAUCGGCAUUUUUAUUAUUUAUUAUUAAAAAAGUAGACAAUUUUCAUGAAAUGCAUUCGCUCAAUAAAACCCUCCACUACUUUAUUUGUUUUCCAGUUGACAAAUCUUAAGAAACGUUAUUUAAAAAACUUUUUUGGCCGUUAUAUACAUUGAAUCAAGAAACAAUUCCCAAAAACCAAUUACCCAUAGUUUCCAGGAAUAUGCAAGAAAAUUAUAUAUAUGUAUGUAAUUACUUCCUUUAAAUAAACGUUAUUUUAAAUUCAUUAAUUGGUGGCAAUUCAAAUGAAAUGUUCAUUUAAAAAUUGAAAAAAAAAAAAAACAAAUAUAAAUAUAAUUAAAUAUUAAAUUGUUAAUUUUAGUUUUUCCUUUCUUUUAUCAAAUAAGACUAUAUGCCUUACUAAUCGUAUAUGCUUGAGUUUGAUUUUUGGACAAUUCUGAUAUAGCCAAAAUACAAGCAAUUAUUAUCUUGAUUAAUUUCUUUAAGUUAAAGCUUUAUUAUGAAUUUUCUUAUUAUUUAAAAGGUUUUUAUUUAAUUUUUUUAUACAGAAAAUACCAAUACAUUUGCUAAAAAUAUUAAAAAUAAAAAUACACAUAAAUAAAACAAAAUAAAGCAACUGCUAUGUAAAUAUAUAAAGAAAAUAAUUUAAAAUUUCAUGCAAAAUAAAAACGCAAAAUAUAUGGGAGAAAUUCACCAAAUAAUUCCUAAAACAAACAUUGAAUUACAAAUAAAUAUCUCAUAAUACACAAAAUGGAAAAUUGAAAUGUUUAAAAGAAAUUUAAAACAAAAAACUACAACAACUAAAUAAUAUUAUAAUGAUAAGAAACAAAGAAAUGAAAAAUAAAACAAAAACUGAAAACGAAAGAAACAGAAAACAA